AUAUCUUCAAUAUUUUUGUUUUAUUGGUUGGUAUAAACAGAAAAGGGCUAUAAUGUGAAGACCACGAAUAUUUAUUGUGGGAAAUCUUUUGAAAAAUCUAAAAGUGCAAGGAGAAUAUUGUAAUUUUAUUUAGCGGAAAACGGAUACAUGGGUCAUAGAAGAAAGAAAUGUACACAGAUGACAAUUUAGGGUACAUUCCACUAAGCGUUCACGGCGCCUGAAAUAUUGUUUUUGGACAACUAGCACAUAGCAACUACGAGCGUUGAAAGGAUUAACAGAAAUUUCAAACUCUUGCAACCAUGAGAAUCUAUUUCAUUAUUGCGGUAUGGGGUAUUAUAAGUACUUUUGAAGCAUUCUUGUGACGCACCAUCAUAUAUUUUACUAUUUCACUGUAAAUUCAGUAACUUACAAAUUAUAACAUAACCUCUCAAAGCUUUCGCUUUAUUUUUCUGUUUUGUCAUACGUGUUUGUCGCGAGUGCUUAGUAGAAUGCACCCUAGGGCAUAUAACCUCGAAAUUUGAAUUUGACAUUGUUAAUCGUUUACUUUUGUAUGUGUGAUAGGAUAUUUUUAAUAUUUUAUAAAAAUGAUGAGAACACUUCAAGACUUCGAGCUUCCUAUAGAUGGACAAAUCUCUCUAUGCCAAAUAAACGGUAGAGUAUUUUACACAAAUUUCGAUAUCGCCAAUUUGAACGCGUUAACGAAUACAUUAGAGCAUCAUCCUAAAAUUCACAUUACCAGAGACUUAUUGCAUCCAACAACUUCGGGUGACGAAGGGAAAGCUCUGUUCUUACCUGUAGAUGUUUCUUUUCUCAAACAACUAACUCAGGUUUAUUAUGAACAGGGUUAUAUUGAAGCACUACAUACAGCAGCUUCUCACAAUCAAUUAUUUAUAUCUAAAUCUUCCAAAGCAAUAUUAGCAUUAUUAAAAUAUAUCAGGAAAGUUAGGUUAUUAAUUAAUCCAAAUUUAAGAUACAGUGGUCCUAGUUUAAUAGGUAACUAUUCACAAACCAGGAAUUGGCUUAACACUACGAUCAGAUAUAUUUCUUGGCAUCCUUAUUGCAUCAAAGUGGCAAUAGUUACUUGUGAUGACAGUGUGAGAAUUUUCAGUAAUGAUUCCAAUUCAGUUUCUCCGUUGUUAAAAUAUAAACUCCAGAAACAUAUUACUUGUGUCGCAUGGAGACCAAUGUCAAAUACAGAAAUUGCAGUGGCACAUGAAAAUGGGAUAAUCGUAUGGAAUAUUGAUCCUAACUCUCUGAUUACCAGACCCUCGAUAAGUAAUGCAACUGUAUUGCAAAGAGAAGAUCACAGACCUGUUAUGAGUAUGGCAUGGUCUCCUAAAGGUGAUAAAUUAGCUACUGUAGCAGCAUGUGAUAGGACAAUAUAUAUUUGGGAUGUAGAAUUAGGAAAAACUAGUAUUUUGAAGAGAUCUGGAGGCUCAGGAAAUAUUCUAAUAAAAUGGUCUCCCACUGGGGAAAAACUAUUGACCUGCACAAAUAGUCUUGUAUUUAGAGUUUGGGAUUGUCGAAAUUGGGAAUGUGAAAGAUGGACGGUAUUAAAUGGUAGAGUCCAAUCAGCUUGUUGGUCAAAUUGUGGUACCACACUUUUAUUUGCUACCGAUACAGAAACGAUAAUAUAUGGAGUGAUUGUGAAACAUGAUUUAAUAUUCACUUCUGACUCUGACACAUCGUCCAAUCAAGCUCUUCCUAUUUUUGACAUAAGUAAGGUUGAUAUAGAUGGUGUUAUUGUUGGAGGAUUAGUACAGUGCAUGGAAAGUGAUCCUAAAGGAAAAUUGUUGGCUGUUAUGUUUCAAGACACUGAUUGUAUAGCUGUUUUUAAUAUAGUUCGACAACAAGGAUUGCAACUUAUAGCUAGUUCUCUAAUAAAUGGCUUACCCGAAGAAAAACCGAGUACUAUUAGCUUUCUUCAAGACUUUGAAGCAGGAGCAUGUUUAUCUAUAGGAUGGUCAAGUGGGAGAAUUCAAUAUUUUCCGGUUAUUUAUACAGAUUUACCAUCUACCGAAAACAGUUUUAUAUCUUCCACUUUAAAUUCAUGUAAUGCGUCCAUUUUUUGAAUGGGUAACAAAAAUACUUCAAAGACUAAAAAUGCCUAGAGUGAAUCAAAAGAACAUGUAAUAUCAAAUGUGAAAAUUACAAAAUGAAAUUGGUCAACAUAAGUUACCACCGGCCAACAAUUUUAGAAACAAUGCUUGGCUUUGGAAGAUUGAAGAUUUAAUCAUAAUUUUCAUAUAUUUCAAAAAAUAUUCUUAAAUAAAAAUAUCUGGAAUAAAAUUAUUAUUAGUUG